CAUUGCACCAUCUGGGUUUCAGGGGCACCAGUCAGGGUCUCCAGCGGACCCGGACCCAUGGGAUGAUUCUGACCUCUCGUGCUACAAGGUCACCUACAGAUGGGAACAGCCUGGCCUCAGCACCCAGGGCCUCAGCAUCCAUGGCCUCAGCACCCACAAGGCGAGGCAAAGAGCCCAGGACAUUAGGCGAGCCACUAAGUGGGUGAAGAUGCUGAGGAACUGGAGUAAAUACCAGGGCAGUCGAAAGAUGCGCCGGCGAGUCUACAAGGGGAUCCCCCCACAGGUGAGAGGACAGGCGUGGUCUCUGCUCUUGGAUCUGGAGAAGGUGAAGGUGGAGAACCAAGGGAAAUACCAGAGAAUGAAGGAGCAGGCCAGGCUCUACUCUCGGGACAUCAAAUAUAUUGACAUGGACGUGAGCCGCACCUUCCAAAACAAUAUCAUGUUCCAGGAGCGGUAUGGCAUCAAGCAGCAAGCCCUCUUCAAUGUGCUCACAGCUUACUCUGUCUACAACACAGAGGUGGGCUACUGCCAUGGCAUGAACCAGAUUGUCGCUGUCCUGCUCAUGUUUCUUAAUGAGGAGAAUGCUUUCUGGGCACUGGCUCAACUGAUGGACAACAAAAGACAUGCCAUGCAUGGCUUCUUCAUUCCGGAGUUCCCAAAACUUCAGAGAUUGCAGGCCCAUCAUGAUAAGAUUCUGGAGAGGACUCUUCCCAAGCUGAAGAGGCACCUGGACAAGGAAUACAUGUACACAGAAAUUUAUACUAAGCUGUGGUUCCAACAUUGCUUUAUUGACCAGACACCUUUCUCACUCACACUAAGACUAUGGGAUGUAUACAUCCUGGAGGGGGAGCGAAUGCUCACAGCCAUGGCCUAUACAAUCAUCAAGCUGCACAGAAGUGAGUAAGCCCGAGCCUGGGCCACUCAGGCCACAGAGGAGGGCCAGCCAGGACUCAGGCUGGGCAGGGUCCCUGGAGAGGUGGCAGGAAUGGGGCUGGCUCCUGGUUGUGGCACUGCUGUGG